ACACUGUGUUGUUACACUGGUGAGUAAAAACUCAUGCUUCCUACACUUUAACUUUUUGUCUGAAAAUUAAAAUGUACAUUUUACUCAACUGCGUUACCCACUCCAGUCUGCAGGUGGCGGUAUGUGGCUUCAACGUAAUGCUGUUGGUGUGACGUUUAAUCUAAUGGAAGAAACGCUUCUUUCAACAGCAGCAACAGUUAGUUAGCCACCUCGGUAGCUUGCUAGCCAAAAUAGCUUAACCAAUAAAUCUCUUUAGACGCUUUAGUGUAUAUUAGCCACUGUGUUUUAAAGCCACUUCUGUCGUCUAGUUAGUUAUCCGAUUUAAUUUCAUAUGUACGGUGUUGUUGCUAUUAGUCAGCUAGCGGGCUAGUUAAGUUAGCAUUAGCCUAGCUAGCUAACAUCUCUGACCAUGAGCUCACUAAGCUACUCUCCUGCUAAAGAAGAAGAGGUCUGCAGGACGGAGAAAGAAGCUCUCGUGAAAGAGGAGGAGGGAGAGAAGGAUGUUACAAUACAAAAACAAGUAGAGGGUGAAGCUGUUACAGUGAACGAAGAAGAGAAAGACGUUUCAGUGAAAGACGAGGAAGACGCAUUCAGAGUGAAAGAGGAGGAGGAUGUUACAGUAAAAGAAGAGGAAAAGAAAGAGGGGGAUGCAGUUUUUGGGGUGAAAAGGGAGGAGGAAGAAGAGGAUGAAACUGGAUAUCUGGGCUCGGUUUCCCAAAGGCAUGUUAAGGCAUCUAAUGGUUCUAAGGAUGAACGGGCCGUGAUUAACACAAGAGAGAGGUGGGACGAUCGUGGAUCCUCUGUGGAUCCUCAACAACAUCAUGAUGCUGAUGAGGCAGAGAGUCUCUCCAGAUCAGAACUCCGCAAGAAACACCAGCAGAGAACCACAGGGAAGAAAUCUCACUGCUGCUCUAUCUGUGGGAAGAGAUUCAACUCUUCAGAAGACCUUAAAAUACAUCAAAGAAUUCACACUGGAGAGAAACCUUAUGGCUGUGAUGAAUGUGGGGAGAGUUUUAUCCAGCUACAAACCCUGAAAUCCCACCAGAGAAUACACACGGGAGAGAAACCUUUUGGCUGUGAUCAAUGUGGGAAGAGUUUUACUCAGCUCAACAGCCUGAUAGUACACCAACGGACACACACAGGAGAGAAAUCCUAUAGCUGUAACCAAUGUGGGAAGAGUUUUCCAACAUCUAGCUAUCUAACUAUACACCAGAGAAUACACACAGGAGAGAAAUCUAUAGCUGUGAUCAAUGUGGGAAGAGUUUUACUCAGCUUAACAACCUGAUAGUACACCAGCGUAGGCACAGGAGAGAAAUCUUAUGGCUGUGAUCAGUGUGUGAAGAGUUUUUAUACAUCUAGCCAGCUGACUUCACACCAGAGAACACACACAGGAGAGAAAUCUUGUAGCUGUGAUCAAUGUGGGAAGAGUUUCACUCAGUCAUUCAGCCUGAUAUACCACCAGAGAACACACACAGGAGAGAAAUCUUACAGCUGUGAUGAAUGUGACAAAAGAUACUCUGAUAAAAGAUCUCUGAUCAAACAUCAGAAAAUACAUGCAUGAAGGAGUUGUUUUAUGAUAUCAAUUAAUUAAUGUCACAAUGUAGAAUGUUUUAACAUUGUAGUAGGAGUAUUUUAAUGAUGUCACAAUGUAGAAUGUUUUAAAAUUGUAGUAGGAGUAUUUUAAUGAUGUCACAAUGUAGAAUGUUUUAAAAUUGUAGUAGGAGUAUUUUAAUGAUGUCACAAUGUACCCCAUUUGGAUAUUCAACAAUUAUUUACGUAACAAAAAGUAAGAUAUUUCUGUGUUGCUAAUUCUGAGUUUUAUGGUGUCCACUCUAGCUUCCUGCAGCUAGUCUGGGUGUUGAGGACAUGGAUUUCACUAGAGAUGGCUUGAAGCUGACAAUUGAUUGAUGUCUCGUGAUUAAAAACCAAAUGGCCACAUUCCGUUCUACAAUUAGUGGUGCAGGUGAGACAUAUGUCUCUGGUCUGAUUGAGCCUGCAUUCCAUAGAUGAGAUAUGUUUAUGUUUGGCUGGGAUAGAGAGGAGAAGAACAAAGGCCUCCAUGGUCCUUAUACAUCCUGGCAUCUGGGAAAUUAGGCCAGGGUCCGGGGUUCAUAUAACGCCAGGUGCAGAUAAAGACAGGAAAGACAGCCCAGAUUGGCAUAUGGUUACCCCCAAUCCAUAUGUUUAUAUGGGAGGGGUGGAACCAAGCAUUCUGGGUGUUAGCUAUAUAAACUGUGCAUUGUCUGUAAAGGGUAGGCUCUCAGCCUAACAGUCAGUUAAGACUGUUGGGCUAACGGUUUCGUUAUUGCAAUAAUUAAUCAAUAUUAAAUAAAUAUGAUUGUUUGAAGAAAUGA